CUGCAGGAGGACCUACGCGUGACGUCAUAUACAACGAGAGAUGUUCAGGAUCCUCGGAUAGAAAGAUCCCGCGCGCCCUGGCAACCUGAUAAAUCCAGAGAGUCCAGUGAGGAGUGCAAUGGGAUCAGCGGUGCUCUGUCAGUGGAGUCUGUGCCGGGGCCAAGACUGAACUGGUGUCCUGCCAAUACCACUACCCCUGCCCCUGCCCCUGCUCCAGCUCCAGCUCCAGCUCCCACUUUGGGGCCUGAGCCCACGGCCCGCCCUCUCAGGAUGGGGGACGGCCUGGACACAGCACAGAUGUCAGGCAGCAGUAGCCAGGGGCAGACCCAGCAAAUGGGCAACCCCUUUCCUCCGGAGUGCAUCAACCCCGGCAGGCCAAAGCGCCAGACCAACCAGCUGCAGUACCUACUCAAGGUGGUGGUGAAGUCCCUGUGGAAGCACCAGUUCGCCUGGCCGUUCCAUGCUCCCGUGGACGCGAUUAAACUCAACCUGCCUGACUACUACACCAUAAUCAAAACCCCUAUGGACAUGGGAACAAUCAAGAAAAGGCUGGAGAACAGUUAUUACUUGAAUGCCCAAGAAUGUAUCCAAGACUUCAACACAAUGUUUACUAACUGCUACAUCUACAACAAGCCUGGAGAUGAUAUAGUCUUGAUGGCCGAGGCUUUAGAGAAGGUUUUCCUCCAAAAGGUUACAGAAAUGCCUCAGGAAGAAACUGAGAUCGUUGUCAUGACAGGAAAGGGACGUGGUCGGGGCCGGAGAGAAGGAGGUCUAAACUUGAAACCAGGGGCCAUCAUUGACCCCAUAUCCACAACUCCUCAAACGCGCGGCCUGUCAACACUCCCGGCAGCCCCGCAGUCUCGGGCACCAGUACAGGGCCCGCCGUCACUACCUCCCCAGCCUCUGAUGCAGGCCCUGCCUCCCCAUGUGCACCCCACGUUACCCAGCCUUGCUCCACAGCUCGGGGCUCCAUACGCCCUGGGUCAGUCAGACUGUGCUCCUCAAGUUCCCAUCAUGACUUCUGUGCCUCUCCCUGGUCAGACCCCUCUCCCUCCAGCUUCCAUCCAGAGCACAGCCCCCCUGCUGCAGACCAUGACCAAACCGAGAAAGAGCCAAAAAAGGAAAGCAGACACUACGACGCCCACAGCAAAUGACCAGCUAAGCGAGUCUUCACCGGUGGAAUCUAAGUCUGGGAAGACGCUACCCAGGCGGGAGAGCACCCGGCCCACGAAACUUCUAAAGAAGGAAGCUCCAGACUCUCAGCAUCACAUAGGCCUGGGGACAGGACUUGGUGGACCAAGUGGAGGUCUAAGCCCUAAACCACAGGAUCAGAUCGGUUACUGUGCCGGGCUGGUUCGGGACAUGCUCUCCAAGAAGCACGCGGCUUACGCCUGGCCUUUCUACAAACCUGUUGACGUCCACGCACUGGGACUGCACGAUUACCACGAUAUCAUCAAGCAUCCUAUGGACCUCAGCACCAUCAAGGCCAAGCUGGAGAACAGGCAGUACAGAGACCCCCAGGAGUUUGCUUCUGACGUUCGGUUAAUGUUUUCAAACUGCUACAAAUACAAUCCACCAGACCAUGAGGUGGUAGCAAUGGCACGGAAACUACAGGAUGUUUUUGAGAUGCGCUUUGCUAAGAUGCCCGAUGAACCUGAGAGCAAGCCCAUGGUCUCCGCCCCCGCCCCCACACUCCACCAUCCUGCCCCCGUCAAGCCUCAGCCCCCCCUGGCUCACAUGGCCUCAUCUUCUGACAGUUCCAGUGACUCGUCCUCCGAGUCGGAGUCUUCCACAGAUGACUCCGAAGAGGAGAGAGCCCAGAGGCUGGCAGAGCUCAAGGAGCAGCUCAAGGCGGUCCAUGAGCAGCUGGCUGCCCUGUCCCAACCGCAGACCAGCAAACCAAAGAGAAAAGAGAAGGAAAAGAAAGAAAAGAAAAAAGACAAACAUAAGAAGAAAGGUGCUGUGCCCGGCCUUCUAGACGAGAUCCAGGACGCUGUGCCCGUUUCCAAGAAAACCAAGACCAUCACCAAUAACAACAAAGAGAUUAACAAGAAGAAACCAAGUAAAAAAGACGGGAUUAAAAGUAAUCAUCCUUCAAGCCUGCAGCAGCUUCCCAGCCUGGAGGACGAUCUUGGAGCUCCCGGGUCAUCCAUUACAGGAGAAAAGUGCAAGCCUAUGACCUAUGAGGAGAAGAGGCAGCUGAGCCUGGACAUUAACAAGCUUCCUGGUGAUAAACUUGGCCGUGUGGUGCACAUUAUUCAGUCCAGGGAACCCUCUCUAAAGAACUCAAAUCCUGACGAGAUCGAGAUCGACUUUGAGACGCUAAAGCCCUCCACUCUACGAGAGCUGGAGAGAUACGUGUCUUCCUGCCUCCGUAAGAAGAAAAAGCUUCCAGUUGAAAAGAGUGUAGAGUCCAUGACUAGUUCCAAAAAGGCCGGGUCUUCUUCAGAGAGCAGCGGCUCUAGUUCAGACAGUGAGGAUGAAGGGACGGGAAUGAUAAAACAGCAGAAAAAGAAGAGCCAGUCUGUGAGAGACGGAAAGAAGGCCCAUCCUCACAUUCAAAUGGGCCCCGCCCAGCCCGGGCUCCAGUCCCAGGCUGGGGGCCCUCAGCCCGGCGCUCAGAUGAAGCAGCAUCAACCCUCCUCUGCCGGCUUCAUGGUCCCCCCCCCCGUCGCCGCUCUGGAGUCCUCCCAGUUACUGGAGAACAGCUUUGAGCCGCUGCCGAACUUUGGCCAGCCUCUCAUGCACAUGUCUCACCACGCCAUCAACUCCUCGUCGCCCCCACCUCCACAUCUAAACGCGCAGUCUGCUGGCCCAGUUUCUCCUGAGACACAUCCCUUCCUCAAUCAGCAUCCCGCCCUUACGUCCCCAGCUCUACACAGCUCCAUUCUUAGUUUUGAACUGAUGUGUGGUUUUCCUCCAGCUCUACACAGUUCCAUGCCUCAGCAGCCUUCCCGUCCCAGUCACAAGGCGGCACCUCUUCAUCCCAAAUCCCUUCAACAGCAGCAAGCACCCGCUCAGCCGCAGCCAGCCCUGCAGCCGCAGCAGCAGCAGCAGCAGCUCCAGCCGGCGCCCGCCGCCCCCCCGCAGCACCAGCUCCCCUCCCAGAUCCUCCACCCCUCUCAGCCCCUGCCCCAGCGGCCCAUGUCCCCGCCUACGCUCACCCCUCAAGGCCUGCUGUCUUCGCAGCCCCCCCAGCUGCUCCUGGAGGACGACGAGGAGCCGGUGUCCAUCACGCCCAUGAGCCAAAAGCAGCUGUACCUGCAGCAGCAGCAGUUCCAGCAGCCUCGGCAGACGCAGCAGGCGCUGCAGGCGCUGCAGGCGCAGCUGCGCCAGCAGCAGCAGCAGCUGCAGCAGGCGCAGGAGUCCCUCCUGCAGGCCGGCCAGGGCCAGCCCCCGCUCUCCGGUCAGCCGUCGCUGUCCGCCCCCCAGCUGCCCCUGCAGUCGCAGGCUCCGCCCGCCCCACCCCACCAGGCCCUGCCCCCACAGAUAGCCCCCCACCCGGCCCGCCACAUGCAGCAGCAGCAGCCGCAGCUGAACUACCAGCAGGGUCCCGGAGUCCCCGUUCAGUUCCAGGGCUCCCAACACAAGCUGCCCAUGCCCUCCAACAAAGCACAGCAGAUCAUCCAGCAGCAGCAAGAGCAGCCCUCCCCUCGCCCGGCCAAAGCCGACCCCUACAACGCCGGUCACAUGAGGGACAACCCAUCGCCCCCUAUGAUACAUUCCCCACAGCUGCCCCAGUACCCCCCCGUGUCUCACCAGUCUCCACCUCACAAUAUGCAGCCCAAAAAGCAGAGAGCCCCCGGAAGCCAAGGGGUCAUAAAAGAGGAGAAGCUUCCUCCAUCGCCAGUGAUGAGAGGGGAACCGUUUAACCCCGCAAUGAGACCGGACCACCACAAACAUCCCGAAAACAAACCCGGCCAGCCAGGCCACAGCCAACAGAAUGUGAAGUCCAUGGACAGCUCUCGACCCGUCAUCCGCUCGUCCGAGCCCAGCGGGCCCCCCCCCUCCCUGCUGGACAAAGAUAAGUUCAAACAGGAACCCAAGACCCCCAUUGCUCCGAAAAAGGACAAGCUGAAGAGCAUGGGCCCCUGGGCCAGCCUGGCCCAAAAGUCCACAUCUACGCCCUCAUCCGCGGUCAAGUCCUCAAGUGACAGCUUUGCGCUGUUUUGCCGUGUUGCUCGAGAGAAAGAGGAGAGGGAGAAGGCCCUGAAGGCGGAGAAAGACAGGCUGCGAAGGGAGCAGGACAAGCGAGGUCGGGAUGAGGAAGAGGUGAUGGAGCCCAGCAGAAGGGUGCACGAGGAGCCCCGCAGGCGUCUGGAGCCCCAGCAUGUCCCGGCCCCCCCACAGACGCAGCCCCCCCCGCCGCCGGCGCAGCAGGAGCCCCCGCCGCCCGCCGUCCAGCAGCCCCCCCAGCCCCCCACCCCACCCCAGCCCACCACACAAAACCAGCUGGACCAGCAGAGGGAGCUGGCCCGGCAGAGAGAGCGGGAGAGGAGGUGGCGGGAAGCGAUGGCAGCAACCAUCGACAUGAAUUUCCAAAGUGACUUAAUGGCUAUCUUUGAGGAGACCUGUUUCGACGAGAGGAGCAACUAA